AUGUCUUCCACCUCACCCCCUCCCCUCUACACCCUCAUAACCAACACCCGCACCGCCUCCAACCUCGCAGUCAAAAUCCUAAACCCAACCGCCCAACCGUCAGUCCACCCCGCAAAGCUCCUAGGAGGCUACUACUUCUUCCCCGCCCUCAUGAAAGCCAAUUCCAUCGACGUACGCGGAAAACCCGUCUCCCUUUGGACCGCCUCCGAACACACCCAGAUGGCCUCGAUCUACCAAUCCUGCUUCGAUUCCUUCGUCGCCUACCACGCGGACGCUACGGCGGCAGGGAAACACGCGUUUGCGAAGGAACAUGCGAAUUUCUUUUUUGGCCCGACGAGUAUUGCGGAAAUUGUGAGUCCAGGGGUGGAGGAGGAGGGGAAGUGGAUGAUGAAAUUCCAGGAUGGACGGGAGGGGACGAGAUCGAGUUUGAAUGAGACGGUUAUGCCGGAUGAGUUUUUGAAUGUUAUUUCGCCUGUCUUCUUGAUCAGACACCCGGCGUUGUCAUUUCCGUCGUUUGAGCGCCAGAUGCGCGGGAUGCCGUAUGAGAUUGUGAAAUCUGUUCAGGUCGAGCGUCGAAUCGCUAUGACGUAUAAAUUCACACGCUCGCUGUUUGCGUAUUUUACGGCUCGGUUUGAGAAGCAUCCUGCGGCGGAUGGGGUGAAAUGGCCGUUGGUCAUUGACGCGGAUGAUUUGAUUCAACAUGAGGAGUUGGUGGUGGAGGUGGGUGAGUUGAUGGGGAUGGGCCGGGAGAAGAUGCGGUUUACGUGGGAGAAGGCGACGCAGGAGUAUUUGGAUGGGCUGCCGACGCCAAUGUUGUCGAUGUUGGGGACGUUGCAUGCUUCGACGGGGAUUCAAACUGAUAAAUUGUCGAAGGGGAUUGAUAUCGAUGUUGAGGCGAAGAAGUGGAAGGUAGAGUUUGGCGAGGAGGCUGGUAAGGAGAUUGAGGAGCUUGUUAGGGUUGCGAUGCCGGAUUAUGAGUUUUUGAAGGGUCGAAGAAUGCUUCCGAAAGCUCAGAUGAACGGUCAGGAGAAGAAAGAUCCUUAUUCUGGUUACUAUGGAGAUAACACGACAUGUUUUUCCCAGGAAGUGAUUGAUGAUAUGGAACAGAGAAGCUGA